GGGGUCACUGGAUCCAACUGUUCCAUUUGCCUUUAGUAAAGAUAGAAUCCAGACAACCAAAACCCAACAAUAAAGUAGUCUUCAAUUUUGCAUAUAAAUAUAUGUCAUUUUCGGCUUCAUCUUCAUUUCCACUCCCUACCUCCGUCUUCUUUCAACAAAGACGGUAAAAAAAUGAGCCAAAACGCGUAAAUUCCUCCAAACCCAGAUCCCUGCAACAAUCCCAUCAAAGAUAACAAAAAGCUAUAUGUAACAAGAAAAAGCAUUUAAAAGAAAAUGGCCAUGGCGAAGUAUUCAAGAGUUGAUGGGAGGAAGUCGUCGAGUUACUGUUCAACGGCUGUUAUAGUUGUGUUUGUUGCUUUUUGUUUGGUUGGGAUUUGGAUGUUCAUGUCCUCAUCUGUUGUCCCACUUGAGAAUUCGGAUUUGUCAUCUCAGGAGACUAGAAAUGAGGCGAAGCAAACACUGCAAGAAGGCGUUUCUAAGCAAUUUGAUGAUACCUCAGGUGAUAUAUCGGAGGAUGCAACAAGAGAAGGUGGCACUAUUCCUGGUAAAGUAUCCUUGAAUACUGAUGAGGAAUCUCGAAAGUCAGUUGAGGAAAACCAGGAAGAAAAUCAUGGAAAUGAUAGUUCUGAUGAGAAAACCGACUCAGGAAAUGAACAAAAGACAGUGGAUGGAGAUGAUGGGAGUGGAAAUGGUAAAGAUGGGGAGACGGAUUCAAGAGAGGGAGAGUCAAAUUUAGAGUCUGGACAAGCAGAGAAUGAAGGUGGCGAAAUGAAUAACAAUGUGCAGGCAGAAUCAGAGGAGAACUCAGGUGAAAUCAGAUCUGAGUCAGCUGAGGGUGGUAAGAACAAUGAUGAAGAAGUAAGUGAAGAUAUAAUAAAACAUGUUGACAAAGAGGAUAUUUCGACUGAGGAAAAUAACGAAAAGAAUCAAGAUGAGAACUCAGAACCAAGUGCCGUUGAGAACAGUGCGGAAAGCGAGGAAAACAUUCAAACUUCAAACGAGAUUCUUCCCACUGCUGCUCAGUCAGAAAUUUUGACCGAGUCUACAACUCAGAAUGGAGCUUGGUCGACUCAAGCAGAAGAGUCACAAAAUGAAGAAAAUGAUCACCAGUGGAAAGUUUGUAAGUCAACUGCUGGGCCAGACUACAUUCCAUGCCUAGACAAUUGGCAAGUUAUCCGAAAGCUUCCAAGCACAAAGCACUAUGAACAUAGAGAGAGGCACUGUCCUAGUGAACCGCCUACAUGUCUUGUCCCACUACCUGAAGGAUAUAAGCGCUCAAUAAAGUGGCCUAAAAGCAGGGAUAAAAUAUGGUACUACAAUGUCCCCCACACCAAGCUAGCAGAGGUUAAGGGGCAUCAGAAUUGGGUUAAAGUAACUGGUGAAUACCUUACCUUUCCUGGUGGUGGAACUCAGUUUAAGAAUGGGGCUCUUCAUUAUAUUGAUUUUCUUCAACAAGUAAGUACUGCAUUGUGUAUAUACAUAUGUAUAUAUAUUUGCUUCAAUAAUGCAAAGUAUUAUUUUGUCAAACUGUGUAAAGCUGACCACAUAUUUGCUUCAACAAUGCAGUCUGUUCCUGAUAUUGCAUGGGGAAAAAGAAGCCGUGUGAUACUGGAUGUUGGGUGUGGGGUGGCUAGCUUCGGUGGCUAUCUCUUUGAAAGAGAUGUUCUUGCAAUGUCAUUUGCUCCGAAGGACGAGCAUGAAGCCCAAGUGCAGUUUGCACUUGAACGGGGAAUUCCUGCAAUAUUAAAUGUGAUGGGCACCAAAAGGCUACCUUUUCCUAGCUCUGUCUUUGAUGUUGUGCACUGUGCACGUUGCAGGGUUCCCUGGCACGUUGAAGGUGGCAAACUUCUGUUAGAGCUCAACCGUGUCCUCCGACCUGGUGGGUACUUCAUUUGGUCUGCUACUCCAGUUUACCAGAAGCUCCCCGAAGAUGUUGGCAUUUGGCAAGAGAUGUCUCGGCUAACGAAAUCGAUGUGCUGGGAUCUGGUGACUGUCAAAAAGGACAGAUUGAAUGCUGUUGGAGCUGCAAUAUAUCAAAAGCCAUUUUCCAACGACUGCUACAACAAAAGGUCUAAAAAUGUACCUCCACUUUGUGAAGAAUCUGAUGAUCCUAAUGCAGCCUGGAAUGUAUCCCUUCAGGCAUGCAUGCAUAAAGUACCUGAAGAUUCAACAGAGCGGGGAUCCCUUUGGCCUGCACAAUGGCCAGAACGGUUGGAACAAACUCCAUACUGGUUGAAUUCUCAGAUCGGCAUUUAUGGUAAGGCUGCUCAGGAGGAUUUCACUGCAGACUACAAUCACUGGAAAACUGUUGUCUCUGAGUCGUAUUUGAAAGGGAUGGGAAUCGACUGGUCUUCUGUGAGAAAUGUCAUGGAUAUGAAAGCUGUUUAUGGAGGGUUCGCUGCAGCCCUGAAAGACUUGAAAGUCUGGGUUAUGAAUGUAGUUCCAAUCGACGCUGCUGAUACACUUCCAGUAAUCUACGAACGUGGAUUGUUCGGAAUACAUCACGAUUGGUGUGAAUCAUUUAAUACAUACCCGAGAGCAUAUGAUGUUCUUCAUGCAGAUCAUCUCUUCUCCAGUAUUCAGAACAGGUGCAAGUUGGUUACGGUAAUUGCAGAAGUUGAUCGAAUCCUGAGGCCAGAAGGGAAGCUGAUUGUACGAGACAAAGCCGAAACGAUAAGUGCGGUGGAGAGCAUGGCUAAAUCUCUACAAUGGGAGAUCCGAAUGAUUUAUUCGAAAGACGGUGAAGGAUUGCUUUGUGUUCGCAAGAAAUUCUGGCGUCCCACCGUGGAAGAACCUAUAAAGGCUGCCAUUGUUUGAACACGAUGCUAAACAUUACUCGUGUUUUCCACAAUUAGGCAUAAUAUUUUACAUAUUCUUUUUCGAUUCACAAGCAUGUUAUAGUCUGUAAUCCAUUUUGGCAAGUGUAAAAUUAUAUAGUCGACUACGUUAGACUGAAUCACAAUUUUUGUAUCAAUUUUCCUUGAUGGAAUUAAAGUAGCUAGUUUCAUUACCAUGAA